AGUCUGUAUGCAUGCUUCAGCUAUCGAGGAAGUGCACUCCAUUGAAAAGCAAUGGACACUGCAGCUCUGAAUGUUCUCUACCUGCUUGAGUAUUUAAACAUGAUGCUCACUUAAACAGCUAUUGCUGCUGUUUUCUCCCUGGUUGUUUUCUGAAAUUCUGGCAUGGGGAAGCGACUCAUAGUAGCGUAUGGACUGUGGGCACUUGGUGGUCCGCUCGGCCUUCAUCAUAUCUACUUAGGCCGGGAUAGUCAUGCCUUGGUUUGGAUGCUUACUUUCGGAGGUUUUGGGAUGGGAUGGGCAUGGGAUUUUUGGAAGAUACCUGGACUUGUAUCUCAGUGCAAUCGUCAGAAAACAUUGUCAAAUGAAGUGAAGGAAGAAGUACCACCUGCUAGUGUUAUCCGCUUUGUAGGACAGGUUGCGAUGGGCAUUUAUUUUGGCUUAGUGGCUGCCAUUGGACUUUCUUCCCUGAUUAGUUACUAUGUAGUAGCUCUGCCACUUGCUGUUGGACUGGGGGUUCACCUUGUGGCUUGUGUGGGUGAACAGACUUCCAACCUGAAAAACACACUAAUAGCUGCUUUUGUGACUUCUCCAAUAUUUUAUGGUCGUACCAUUUCUAUGAUUCCAAUCAGCCUGACUGCAAGCAUCACUGCACAGCAACACAGGAGCUACAGGACAGGACAAAAGAAACAUGAAAAUCUCAGUCUCCGUCUUUAUCGUAUUGGUUUAGCCUACCUAGCAUUUACUGGGCCAUUAGCCUACAGUGCUCUGAUCAAUACUAGUCGCACAGUGAGCUAUAUAGCUGGAAGUAUUGGGGCCAUGUUGGACUGGUUGAGUGUAUUCCCUAGUCUAAGUGCAUUGAUGGAAAAAAUCCUGCUUCUGCCAUACCGUGUUUGGAGCCUGUUCACCGGUGGAGGGGGUUUUCAAAAUCAAUACUUUAAGGAGUGGGAGAAGAUUUAUGAAUUUGUUGCCACUUUCCAAAAUGAGAAGGAACAUCUGGCUUGCAAGAUUUUAGGAGUUGAUUCUCAGGCUACCCUGGAAGAGAUUAAUCGCCAUUAUAGGGAUUUGGUGAAAAUCUGGCAUCCAGACCACAACCGCCACCGCAUUCAAGAAGCUGAGCAGCAUUUCCUUGAGAUCCAGGCUGCUUAUGAAACUCUCACACACCUUCGGAAAUUUAAAAAAUACUGAGCGUUUCGAGAUGGUGAGACUCCACCCUUGGAAUUUAACUUGUCUCUCUGGAAAAUCCCAUCUACUGAUUUAUUGAACUCAUAUGUAAUAAUAAAAUAGCAUUCAAUUAAAAAA